AUGAAAUACGAAUUAGCUUUUCUACUUCCUUUAUUUGUGGCAAGUACGUUUGCAAAGUUAAACAUUCAAGGACAGCAACCAUCUGUCGCAGAAGAGUUUAGCGCCUUCGGCGGCGGUAAAGGUCCUAGGCUUCCUCACAAUGUAAGACCCCAUGGAAAUUUCCUCAAUAACAGGAGGGAUCUUUCAGAACUGUGUAGGAAAGACCACCAUAUUAUUGAAGCAUCCGGUGAUUUGCAUAUAUUGGGAAUCGAAUGUGGAAACAUUUCUGGUAGCAUUACAUUUAGCAAUUAUGAGGAUUCCGUCAUUGAUUUUGGUGAUUUAGAAAGUAUUGGUGGUGGUUUAAUUAUUGAGGGCUCUUCCUCAGUAGUUAAGAUUCAAGGUAGAAAAUUGAAAAAAGUAGGUGGUGUUUUUUUCAUCAAGAAUUUAACAUCUUUAGUUGCCAUUGAAUUACCUCUAUUGAAAUAUAUUAAUGCCAUUGAAUGGAAAGUGGUCCCCAUUUUAACCAAUGCUCGUUUAGAUGAUCAUGUGGAAGGGUUGACUAGUAUUACAAUUUCAGAUUCCUCCUUGGCUACAAUUAAUGGAUUUCAAAAAGUUGAUGAGUUAGCAAUUUUGGAUAUCAAUAAUAACAGAUUCCUGGAACGUAUUAAUACUAAUGUGAAAAGAGUCACCAAAGAACUUCGAGUUCAUGCUAAUGCCAAAGAAUUAGAAUUAGAACUACCUGAAUUGAAAUCUGCGAGAAACAUUACUGUUAGAGAUACUUCUUCUAUUGAAUUACCUAAGCUUGAAAAAGUGGAUAAUUCAUUAGAAUUUAUUGAAAAUCAAGUCUCGAAAUUGUUUUUAUCUAAUUUAAAAUCCAUCGGUGGUACUUUAGGUAUAAUGCAAAAUAGCCUUUUAUCAAGCCUUGAUUUGGGUAAUGUUACCGAUAUUAAUGGUGGUUUGGUAAUUGCCAACAAUACGCAUUUAGAAAAAAUUGAUUUUUUACAAAAGCUAAAGCAGAUUGGUGGUGCCAUUUAUUUUGAAGGUAGAUUUCAAGAUACCGACUUCCCAGAAUUGAAGUUAGUUAAGGGUAGUGCGUUUAUUAAAUCUAAUUCUGUUAUAUUAGAUUGUAACAAAUGGAUUACCCCGUUAAAUGGACGUGCCAUUAUUAGAGGUGGUAAACUAUUGUGCAUUUCUGGUCGUAAGCAAAAGACUCAAAAUAUUAGUCAAGAUGGUAAAGUCCUAGAUGAGAGUGAGGCAGGUAGUAAUGACCAGAAUAAUAAAGAUAAUAGUAAAAGCAAAAAUGGUGUCUUUUCUAAGAUUACAAGUUCUGGUAGUUCGAUUUUUGACAAUUUAAACAUGGUUUGGAUCUUUGGUAUUACUUGGGUAUUUUGUCUACUAUCCGUUUUCCAUCUGGGAUAA